CGUGCGGUUCGCUGCCCGAUCUCCCCACGUCGCUCGCUCAGCAAUCCAGUCCGGAUCCGGAUCCGGCGGUCUUUCGAAGUCCCGCGCACAAAGUAAACACAUAUAUUUAAUUCCCAAUGAAAGAACGAAUCCGCUUCCAAUCCACGCACACAAAUCGAGAAAUAGGAUAAAGAUAUUCAAGCUAAUCAAUCCGCUGGCGGCCAUUUUUUGUUGGCACUGUUUCAGUGCUGUCGUCGCCGAAUUCGCCCCUCAAUUUGUAAGUGCAAUUUGUUCGAGUCACGGCAGAACAGCAAAAAGUUUCCUCGAAAGAAUAUAAUUUGCAACACGUGUUAACACAUAGUGCGUUUGAUAAAUAUACAUAUGCCCCACGGUUUUCGUUGUGUGAGUGCGCCAGUGUGAGUGAGUGUGCGGCACAUGUUUGAAAAUUUGAAAAGUUUGGCAAAAAUGCAAAACGAGGGAAAACCACACGGCGAAAAUCAUCGUUUGUUUUGCCACUUCUAACAUUUGUGGAUAUAGCCCAAUCAGCAUCAUCGAAUCGCAGCAACAAAAGCACAAAUCCAAACAAUAAAAGUAACAAACAAAAACUAAAAACAAACACGGAUACGUAUCAACAAUAAAUAAUCAAAAUACAGCGCUCAAAAAACCAAAGAAUUAAGCAAAUAUUAGUUAAGGUUUAUCAAUAUACUAGUUCAUCUAGACGUUCACUUCUGGAGUCCUUGAUAUUGACCCCACAACAACCCAUCCAAACCUUCGAUUCCCGCAGAAAAUGUUACAGCAUCCCGCCACAGAUUUCUACGAUUUGGCGGCGGCCAAUGCCGCUGCCGUUCUCACCGCCCGCCACACGCCUCCUUACAGUCCCACGGGCCUCAGUGGAUCCGUCGCUCUGCACAACAACAACAACAGCACCACCAGCAACAACAACAACAGCAGCACAUUGGAUAUCAUGACGCACAACGGUGGAGCAGGCGGUGGCCUCCACUUGAACAGCGGCAGCAAUGGAGGCGGCGGGGUGGUCAGUGGCGGAGGCUCUGGCGGUAGGGAGAAUCUGCCAAGCUUCGGCUUCACCCAGGAGCAGGUGGCCUGCGUCUGCGAGGUUCUACAGCAGGCGGGCAACAUUGAAAGACUGGGCCGCUUCCUCUGGUCGCUGCCACAAUGUGAUAAGCUGCAGUUGAACGAGUCCGUGCUGAAGGCCAAGGCGGUUGUUGCAUUCCAUCGCGGCCAGUACAAGGAGCUGUACCGUCUGCUCGAGCAUCACCACUUCUCGGCCCAAAAUCACGCCAAGCUCCAGGCCCUGUGGUUGAAAGCGCAUUAUGUGGAAGCCGAAAAACUGCGCGGAAGACCCUUGGGUGCUGUUGGCAAAUAUCGUGUUCGCCGUAAAUUUCCAUUGCCCCGCACCAUCUGGGAUGGCGAGGAGACAAGCUACUGUUUUAAGGAAAAAUCCCGCUCUGUACUUCGAGACUGGUACUCGCACAAUCCAUAUCCAUCGCCGAGAGAGAAACGCGAUCUGGCGGAGGCCACAGGACUGACCACCACGCAGGUUUCCAAUUGGUUCAAGAAUCGACGACAAAGAGAUCGAGCUGCCGAACAUAAAGACGGCUCCACGGACAAGCAGCACCUGGACUCCUCCAGCGACUCCGAGAUGGAGGGCAGCAUGCUGCCCACCCAAAGUGCACAGCAGCAGCAGCAACAACACUCGCCCGGCAACAACAGCAGCGGUAACAACAACAACAACGGUCUGCAUCAGCAGCAGUUGCAGCAUGUUGCCACCGAUCAGAGCCUGCAACACCACCCACAUCAGCAACAUCCCGCCAGCAACAUCAGCAGCGUCGCCAGCAAAAGCAGCAGUGGAGGCGGUGGAGUAGGUAGUGGUGGCGGGGGAGUUAGUGCAGCAGCCGCUGCUCAAAUGCAAAUGCCUCCGCUUACCGCCGCCGUGGCCUAUUCGCACCUGCACAGCGUGAUGGGGGCCAUGCCCAUGACCGCCAUGUACGACAUGGGCGAGUACCAGCACUUAUGAUUCUAGUUGGAGGCGGCCGCUGCCGCCGGUGGCAGUGGCGGGGUCACUAGCGGGAUCGGCGGUGGGAUCAGCAACAGUAACAUGGCCACCGCAAACAGCAGCAGCAGCAACAUCGCCUGGCAGCAGCGACAGCGCCAGCAGCAGCAGCAGCAGUCCGAGAGCUUCUACUUCUGAGGAACUUAGUAACUUAGCAAUAUCGCCGGAAUCCUUCAGCAUAGCAACACAAGAUUUACAUAUCGCUCAAUUGCUGAAAGGCUGUCAUGACUGGAACAUAAUGGAUGCUACAAAGCCUUCGCAUGGCCCAAGAGCAAGCGAAGCCAUAAAGGGCUAAUAGAUGAAAUUCCAAUGUGAUGUUAGGGUUAUAGUUAAUGUGAAGCGAAAAUUUGAAUCUUCAAUUUACUGAGAAAGCAAACCAUAUAUGAUAUGAUCCAAACAUGACAUGGGUAAGAGCUCGACCUACCCAAGCGUAGUUUCAGACAUGACAGUAUCUUAGCAAAUCACCGAUAUGCAAUCAUUAACUAUCACACCCUCUGGAUAACAUGGCAUUUUCCGCAUCAAGAGAUGGAGAGAACUAGAAAUGGAGAGACAAAGGCACCAAGCUGGAGCACAAGCUUUUGGAUGAACUCCGGAAGGAAUCACUUUAAACCACGAUUACUGCAUCGAUCUGUGUAAAUAGCUAGGCUUUAGUUUUAGAGCGGUUGGAUGGCCAACCGAAAUGCAAAUCAAAUCGAAACGUGCAAAAAUUAUAUAUAUAUAAACCUACGUACAUGCAUAAAUUAUACACUUUUAAUUGUAGCCUCUAGUAAUUCUAUUUUUGUUAAAAAUAAAUUCUAUUAAAUUAUUUUGAAA